AUGACUUUUUCUAAUACAACAUCAGAAUCCCCGCCAACUGUGCAAAACGUGACCGAUGUACUCUUCCACAACAACUACAGCUCCGACAACAACUACAGCACUGACAACAACUGCAGUACCCACUACAACUGCAGCCCAAACUACAACUGCAGCACCCACUACAACUGCAGCCCCAACUACAACCUCAUCGCCCACUACAACUUCAGCCCCAACUACAACCAUAUCGCCCACUACAACAGCAGCCCCAACUACAACUGCAGCACCCACUACAACUGCAGCCCCAACUACAACCACAUCCCCCAACUACAACCAUAUCGCCCACUACAACAGCAGCCCCAACUACAACUGCUCCCCAACUACAACCACAUCGCCCACUACAACUGCAGCACCCACUACAACUGCAGCCCCAACUACAACCACAUCGCACACUACAACUGCCGCCCCAACUACAACUGCAGCACCCACUACAACUGUAGCCCCAACUACAACUGCAGCACCCACUACAACUGCAGCCCCAACUACAACUGCAGCACCCACUACAACUGUAGCCCCAACUACAACCAUAUCGCACACUACAACAGCAGCCCCAACUACAACUGCAGCACCCACUACAACUGUAGCCCCAACUACAACCAUAUCGCUCACUACAACAGCAGCCCCAACUACAACCACAUCGCCCACUACAACUGCAGCCCCAAGUACAACUGCAGCCCCAACUACAACUGUAGCACCCACUACAACUGCCCAAACAACACCAUACGCCCACUAAACCAGCCCAAUACAACAGCAGCACCCACAUGCAGCCCCAACUACAACCACAUCGCACACUACAACUGCAGCCCCAACUUCAACUGCAGCCCCCUACAACUGCACCUCACUACACUGCGCACCCACUACAACUGCACACCCACUACAACUCUAGCCUCAACUACAACUGCAGCAUCCACUACAACUGCAGCCCCAACUACAACUGCAGCACCCACUACAACUGUAGCCCCAACUACAACCAUAUCGCUCACUACAACAGCAGCCCCAACUACAACUGCAGCACCCACUACAACUGUAGCCCCAAGUACAACAGCAGCCCCAACUACAACUGUAGCCCCAACUACAACUGCAGCACCCACUACAACUGCAGCCCCAACAACAACCAUAUCGCCCACUACAACAGCAGCCCCAAGUACAACAGCAGCACCCACUACAACUGCAGCCCCAACUACAACCACAUCGCACACUACAACUGCAGCCCCAACUUCAACUGCAGCACCCUCUACAACUGCAGCCCCAACUACAACUGCAGCACCCACUACAACUGCAGUCUCAACUACAACUGCAGCACCCACUACAACUGCAGCCCCAACUACAACUGCAGCACCCACUACAACUGCAGCCCCAACUACAACUGCAGCACCCUCUACAACUGCAGCCCCCACUACAACUGCAGCCCCAACUACAACUGCAGCACCCACUACAACUGUAGCCCCAACUACAACCUUAUCGUUCACUACAACAGCAGCCCCAACUACAACUGCAGCACCCACUACAACUGUAGCCCCAACUACAACCAUAUCGCUCACUACAACAGCAGCCCCAACUACAACCACAUCGCCCACUACAACUGCAGCCCCAAGUACAACUGCAGCCCCAACUACAACUGCAGCACCCACUACAACUACAGCUCCCACUACAACUGUAACCGCAACUACAACUGCAGCCCCAACUAAAACCACAUCGCCCACUACAACUGCAGCCGCAAGUACAACUGCAGCACCCACUACAACUGCAGGCCCAACUACAACCACAUCGCCCACUACAACUGCAGCCCCAACUACAACUGCAGCACCCACUACAACUGCAGCCCCAACUACAACCACAUCGCCCACUACAACUGCAGCACCCACUACAACUGCAGCCCCAACUACAACCACAUCGCACUCUACAACUGCCGCCCCAACUACAACUGCAGCACCCACUACAACUCUAGCCCCAACUACAACUGCAGCAUCCACUACAACUGCAGCCCCAACUACAACUGCAGCACCCACUACAACUGCAGCCCCAACUACAACCAGAUCGCCCACUACAACUGCAGCCCCAACUACAACUGCAGCACCCACUACAACUGCAGCCCCAACUACAACCACAUCGCCCACUACAACUGCAGCCCCAACUACAUCUGCAGCACCCACUACAGCUGCAGCCCCAUCAACAGCUACAGCACUGACAACAAUUGCAAUGCCCACUACAACUAUAGUUCCAACUAAAACAGUUGCCCCCACAACUACUGUAGCUACAACCACAACAGUUGCCCCCACAACUACUGUAACUCGAGCUAAAACAACUACCAAGCCUACAACUAAAGCACCCGCUAGAGCCUCAAACAUUUUGUACCUGAUGUACGUCUCCUUUGACCCCUUCCAAGAAGAUUAUAAUAAUCGUAAUUCCCAAGCUUUCAAGAAAAGAGAAAAGCUCAUCAAGGAUUUGCUUGAACCCCUCUUCAAACGUACAUAUCCAUCCUUUGUCCAACUGAUCAUCAUAAGUUUCAGGAGAGGAUCCACAAUCACAGAAGCAGAGAUGACUUUUUCUAAUACAACUUCAGAAUCCCCGCCGACUGUGAAAAACGUGUCCGAUGUAAUUUUAACAGCAUAUGCAAACUCAUCUGUCUCGGGUCUCAACAUUACUGCCAACUCUCUUAAUGUCAGUGAAACGUUACCCAUUCUCAUGACAACUGCAGCUCCCAAAACUACUGCUUCAAGCACAGCAACUAUGGUACCUAUAACCCAACCUGCUACUGAAUCUGCAACAACAGCAACUACCCGCAGAACUACUACCACAGCUACAACCACAAAAACCACUGUAAAUCCAACAACAACAUCAUCAACAGUACCACCAAUGCCACCAGCCACUGCUCCAGCUACUGUUGCCCCUACAGAUCCACCUAUAAAGGAGGGUGUUCUCCUCCUGUCGUUUCGACUUUUUAGAGGUUUUACUCCACAACUGCAGGACCAGAGCUCCUCUGCAUUCCUGGUCCUGGCUCGUAAUGUCACCACAGAGUUGAAUCGUGGAUACCGGAGGGCUUUCCCUCUAACCUUCCUGAGAAGCAUUGUAAUAGCUUUCAGACGUGGACCUUCUUUCAUCCGGGUGGACACCACACGAGUGGAGACAAAGCUGAUCUUCAAGAAUCAGUCUGUGGUUCCAAACAUUACCAUCGCUGUAAAAACCCUUGUUCAGGCCCUCGAAAAUGGAGUUGUCUUUUUAAACAUCAUCCCAGGCACCAUUAAUGCAGAAAUUGACGGUGCCACCACUACAGCAAGCAGUGCCAUGUCAACAAGCAAACCCCAGGAAGUCGUCAUUUUCCUGUUUCCUCUUAUUCUGGUCAUUUACUCUCUGUCAACGAACAUGAAGCUGCUUCAAUUUUAGCCAAAAAAAUAACAACCUUUAUGCUUUUUGAAACAUGAUGCAACAUUCUAUGAGAAAAAACGGGUUUUAUUUAUGUUUAUUUUUCAUUUUAUUCUGUUAGGUUUCUGUCACUUAAAUUACCUACCUCGUUUAAAAUGGUGAGGUUGUUCACAAUUGCCUUUCUUAACUAUUACUGUCUAGCCAAAUAAAAUUUUGUGUACUGUGAUUUAUUUAAAUGAACUGAAGGCUUAUGAAAAGUAUGUUUAAAAACUAUUUUUGAAAAGAUGAUUUCUAUUAUAUAAAUAAAUUCUAUCAUAUAUUUGCAUGA